CUGGCUUCUAGGCGUUGUGCUGUGCCCGCUAGGAGGGCAGGAACAUUCGGUUGUAAAAUCACUGCCUCCUCGUUCUUCGGGGCUGUUGUUGUUCGACCGUCUCAGGACGAAGACGCAACGAGGAUGGAUCACGACAGCGUUGCUGAGCCCACCACAAAUCGGGGUGGCCAGGCCAGCACAAGCAGGGUUCCGAGGUUGUUCCCUGUUGCAGCCCAGCCUGAUAUCGUCCGAGCAGCACAGAAGGAUGAGUCAUACCUGCAGCACCUCACAGAUGCAUGCCAUGAUGCUGUACGUCGCCUGCUGGGUCCCCGCCAAGCCCUGAAGUACUCCAGGGAGGUGAAACUGGUGGCUGAGCUUCUGUACGCGGGGCUCACCACCGGCGUAGGCCUGCAGACGCUGGGCGAAGAGUACUGUGACAUCAUCCAAGUGGCAGGUCCGGUUGGUGUUGCGCCAUCAGUGGCCAGGCGUACUCUGCUGGUGCUACUGGAGAAGAUGGCGCCCUACCUGGCAGAGCACCUGUCUCACGCUGCGAUCGGCGGCACUGACGGUGCACUGGGCACCUCGUCUGCUGAAACCCCCCGCUUUGCCACAGACAGCCCACCCUCUAGGGAAGACCCCCGCCCAUCCGGAGCAUCAGCAGAAGGCGAGGGAUCCUGGAAUAGGGUGGGAGCGUGGGCGGCUGCAGCGCGGCAGGAGGCGGUGUCGAUUGCAUUCAAGUGGCGCCCUGCCUGGGCAGUCCUUGCAAGCUAUGCGCCUGUGGCUGUGCGCCUGCACCUGGCCCUCUUCUACUUCUACGGCGUGUACUACCACUGGGCCAAGCGAGCCACAGGCACUCGUUACAUAUUUGUGGGCAAGCUGUUUGAGCGACGGCCGUCAUACCAUCUGCUGGGAGUGCUGCUGUUUGUGCAGCUGGGCAUCAGCGCCGGCUCAUGGGCUCUGUCCAACUUGACUGCUUCACUGGGCCAGACUGCCGGCCUGGACCGCAAUGCUGAUGUGGGCGCCCACACCAGUAAAGCCAUGCGAGCAGCCGUGGUGCUUCAGGACUUUGGCGACGGGGAAAUGGCGCCGAUGGAAGCGAUGGCCACCGCGGGGGACGUGGGGGAGGUCCCCCCGCACAAGAAGUGCGCGCUCUGUCUGGGCGCGCGUACCUCCCCCACCGCCACCCCAUGUGGUCACGUCUUCUGCUGGCAGUGCAUCGCCGAUUGGCACAACCAGAAGCCGGAGUGCCCUCUCUGCAGGUCGCCCUUCACCACCUCGGGCCUCGUCUGCGUGUACAACAGCGACUUUUGAUCCCUUGCAUGAGCGGCAAGAGUGCCUGGAGCCUGGCGUCGGUUAUGCCAUGAUCUGAGGGGCAUGGUAGACUGGAAUCUUGAUCUCAGUGCCAGAUGGAGUCUGUACAUUUGUAGUACCAUUGUUGGGGAGAUUCUUUGUGACCCCUGGAACGGACAUGAGCGAGCGGUUGCUUUUAUACUGUUCUGGAGGGACAUAGUGAUUUUGUGAGUGUUGUUUUGAAGAAAACCACAAGAGAAAUUGUUCCAUUUGUGUACAUUCAAGGAAACAUAGUCAUGUGACGAUGGCUCUGUGGAAAGCUGCUUGCGCAAUCUGCUCUCUUUGUUCCGAUGAACGGCGUAGUGAUGAGGCUAAAUGAAAUGAGGCAGCAUGCAAGUAAUUGAGCCUUGAUCUAGAGCAGAAGAUUGUCUCAUAUGUUUAUUAUGUGUACUGGCAGAGAGUUGUAGGCAGAAACAUUCUGUGGUGAUGAUGACUGCGCAGUCUGCAUGCUGAUGACUGCAUGCAUAGCCUCUGAAGGUUCCUGUGCCUGUCUCUCAUCACUUGUGUAACGAUACAUGAUUGUUGCAUGAAUC